AUGAAUUAAAAAGACCGUGUUUUUGUAGAAAAGAAAAAUGAAUAUGCUGAAAAUGAAUACUUUGUGGGAUAAAAAGAAUCAAGAUUUCACUCUAAUGAUUAAUAAAUAAAUAUAUAAGUAGAAUCAUAAUUAAGCACAUUAAGCUAUAUUUUUGAUUGGAUUACAAAUGUAAGACCUUAUAAAUUAAUAAUUUUAGGAUCAUUUAUAAGAGUUAAGAUCUUAAAUACUCCAUUAGAUAAAAUAAUUAGAUUAGAAUGUAAAAACUAAAUAUAUUAUUACUGCAUUAUCCUACAUUUUAAUAAAAAAUACUAGUGGAAUAAAUGAGACUGAAUGCAUAUAGCAAUUACUAGUAAGAUUCUUGUUUAAUAUUAUUUUAGAAUAUGUUUAAUGUUAAAUCAAGAAAAUUAUUGAAAUAUUUAAGAAUAAUAAAAGAUGAUGGUUAAAGAGAUAUGAAUAAGUUAUUAUAGCAGAUUUAAUACUAUUAAGAGAAAGUGAGAAAGUACUUAUUUGGAUAAGGACAACCAUUAUUGUUAAAAUUGAAGAAACCAAAAUAAACAUACACACAGUUGAUAGAAGAAAUUCUUGAGACAAACAAAUUAUUUAUGAUUAGGAUAUUUUCUUUACAACAAGUGAAAUAAUUUUGUGUAAGCAAGCGACCUAGCAGAUUGGUGAUAAAUUUGGGUUACUUUGCAUUUCAAGUUUAAUAAAUAUAUAUAUUGCCUGGAGAAUAUACUAAAAUAUUUAGAAUAUCAAUAAAUUCUUUGCGUCAUUUUUCGAAAGGAUUAUUAAAUCUGUUAUAUCAAUUUAUAUUGAGAAUAACUGGUUAAGGAAUAGAAGGAUAAUUAAAAUAUAAUGAUAGAAGUUCUUAAAUUUCACAAACCAUUAUGAAUGAAGGAGAAUUUAAAAAUUCACCUGAAGAUACAAGUAUAUCAGAACCGAACAUUGAAAUAGAAGGAUUUAAAUUAUUUAUAAUUAGAAAACUAAUAAAUGAAUUUAGCACAUAUUAGUUUUUGUUUGUUGAUACUGAAGAAGAAGAUCAAUUAUUUAAUGAAUAUUAAGAAAUAUUGAACUUUUCUACAAUUUAAAAAGAAUGA